CUUAACCGUGUGCUGCUGAUCUGCUGUCUCGCCGGUCCAAAAAAUCCAAUCAAAUUGGACAAAUUACAGAAUAGCAGAGGAUUAUUUAAAUGGAGAACGACAUAAUUGUUUCUCUAGAAGACCUGGGAUACCAGGGCCCACUCCUUGAUGAUGGCUCCCUGGACUCGGCCUCUUCAGGUGGAGCUACUUCUCCUGAGUUCACUAAACUCUGCGCGUGGCUUGUGUCGGAGCUGCGGCUUUACUGCAGACUGGAGGAGAACGUACAUGCAACCAACUGUCCCAGUGAAGCUGAGGGCUUCCAACUGGAGAUGAGUGGACUUCUAUCUGAAUUGAAUUGUCCUUAUCCAGUCCUCACCACAGGAGCCCUGCCCCAGAGAUUCCUCCAGAAGAACCACAGUCUGCUACUGCUCUCGUUCCUGAUCUCGGAGCUUGAAGCCUCCCGAAUGUCUCUGGUGACCUGUCCCCAGAGUCGAGCUCCAGACGGGGAUAAAGCUCACGAUGGCAGCCCCGUGUUCCUGGAGCUCAAGGGGAUCUGUGUGGCUCUGGGCAUGUCCAAACCUCCAGCCAAUAUCACCAUGUUCCAGUUUUUCACUGGCAUCGAGAAGAAGCUGAAAGAAGCCUUAAGUCGAGUCCCUCCAAACCAUGUAGGAGAACCACUCCUGAAGAAACCACUGGGCCCAGUGCAUUUAGAGAAGAUUGAGGCCAUAAACCAGGCCCUGGUGAACGAGUACGAGGUGCGGAGGAAGAUGUUAUUGAAGAGGCUUGACGUCACUGUGCAAUCCUUUGGAUGGUCAGACAGAGCCAAGAGUCAUUCUGAGAAGCUGGGCAGAGUGUACCAGCCGCUGCGCUCUGUCCUCGUGGCUAAAAGCAGAAUUUCUGUGGCUCACCUUUUGGCCGCGAGACAAGACUUCUCCAAAAUUCUCAGAACAAGCAGCGGCAAAAUCAGGGAGAAGACGGCCUGUGCUAUUAACAAGGUGUUGAUGGGCAGAGUCCCAGACAGAGGAGGACGCCCAUGCGAAAUCGAGCCCCCACCUCCAGAGAUGCCCUCGUGGCAAAAAAGACAAGAUGCACCACAGGGAGGGCACUAUGGAGGGGGCAGAGGAGGGUACCAGGGGGGAGGAGGAGGAGGAGGAGGGUACCAGAGUGGAGGAGGGUAUCAGGGAGGGGGGCACCAGGGAGGGGGGCAGGGCGGAGGUUAUGGGGGAGACAGAGGACAUUAUGGGGGAGGGGGUGAGAGAGGAGGACGGGGGGAGCACCACGGAGGAAGAGGAGGAGGAGGAAGAGGAGGCCGAGGCAGAGGAGGCUACAACCAGCAGCAGCAGUACAACCAAUCAAACUACCAGGACACGGGGGGCAGAGGAGGCUACAGCGCUCCCCACCCACAGUACCCAGAUCAGGGCUUCAACAACGGAUACCAGGGUGACCGGUCCGGAGGUCAUCAGAGCGAGAGAGGAGGAGGUGGAGGGGGGAGAGGCAGAGGAGGUAGGGGGAGGGGGCCCAGGGGAGGAGGAGGGGGAAAUGUAUCAGGUGGGGGAGGCUGGGGAGGGAGAGGGGGAGGCCAGCAGGGAGGAGGACAAUUUGAGCAGUUCUUCCAACAUGGUGGACAACACUACAACCAAGCGGGGUUCAACCAGGGACGCCAGUAUACAAGCUGAGAUACAGUUAAAAGUACUACUAACUCUAAUGGUUAAAAUGGGAAAGGGGCGGUGCUAGAGUGGAUUUGAAAACUAAACUGAACAGUUUUUGGUUGGUUCUACUCUCAAUCAAACUUCAAUCAUUUACAAUUCAUCAUUCGUGUUAAAAGUGCACUUUGUAACUUUUCUGGUGAAAGGUCUACCAUCUGCUUAUCUCCAUGGAGAUGUUACUUUGCCUGGAAUGUUUCGCCAUAUGGCAUUCAACUUAUCUUGCUUGUAUUUAUUCA